UGGGGGAGGACAGAGAGUGAGAGAGGAGGAAAUGGAAAGGUAUGAAGAGGAGGAGUAUCUGGCAUGCUGUGGAAGCACCCAAUUCGCAAAAGAAAUGGUGAAGGCUUCUCCUUUUGCUUCUGUCCAUGAAGCCGUCUCUGCUGCCAGAGACAUCUGGUUCAACAAGGUUGAUGUGAAUGGUUGGUUGGAAGCAUUCUCUGCUCAUCCUCAGAUUGGUCAAUCCCCUUCUCCCGAUCACAUUGCUGCUGCUGCUCAGUGGAGUAAGGGAGAGCAAUCUACUGCUUUAGCUACUGCUACCACUUCCACCUUACAGGAACUAUCUGACUGGAAUGCUCGAUAUAGACACAAGUUUGGAUUUAUUUUUCUUAUUUGUGCAUCUGGACGCUCCACUGCUGAAAUACUUGCUGACUUGAAGAAACGAUAUCCAAACAGGCCCAUAGUUGAGUUUGAGAUCGCAGCCCAGGAACAGAUGAAAGUUACAGAACUACGUCUUGCGAAGCUCUUUUCAAGUAAAAUAAAAUCUACUUCAAAAGGCAAUGAACAUGCCACAGUUUCUGUAAAGAAAGCAGAAGAAGAUCGUGUGAGUAUCAUUAGCGGGCAUUUAACCACAACUAGCGAGUCUUCAUCUGGAAAGGCAUCUCAAAUUUCAACUCGCACCCGUCCACCAAUUACAACCCAUGUCUUGGAUGUUUCUCGAGGCUCUCCAGCUGCAGGUGUUGAGGUAUGCCUAGAAAUAUGGAAGGGAACUCAACCUCGUCCAUUGUUUGGUGAGCCAGAUGUAGGUGGUUGGGUAUUUCAAGGGUCUUCAACCACAGAUGCUGAUGGGCGAAGUGGUCAGCUGAUGAACAUUGUUGAUGUUGUGAACCCAGGAAUAUACAGAAUAAGUUUUAACACAGGUAAAUACUGUCCUUCUGGGUUCUUUCCCUGUGUUUCUAUUGUGUUUGAAAUCAAAGAGUCGCAGAACCGGGAACAUUUUCAUGUUCCCCUUCUAUUUUCCCCCUUUUCAUUUACUACUUACCGAGGUAGCUAGAGCUUUGUGGUAGGAUAGUUGAUGUGUGCAAUUUGUCUAAGAUGCAAGGUGAAUUCUCCACAAACUCGUUGUUCCAAUGCAACAUAAAUUCUAAAGCGUGUCAAUGUUUGGUAAUAA